GUCUAAACUUGGAUUGGGAGGGUCUUCAUUCAGCUGUUGUGUGCAGCUGAGCACAUUCUGGACUUUGUUGACCGGUAGCGUUGCGGUGAAUCGCAUAUAAAACUGACAAGCACGCAAACUUCUGGAACACAACAUUUAGGCAAAACUUUUGUGCGUAAUUACGCGACAGGAGAGAUACGGUGAUUUUGUGUUUUUAUUUAUAACGGUAAACAACAUAAUCAGUUUAGCUCUAGUUUUAAUAUUUGGUGGUGGGCAUUUGACAGCAAACCUUUGGGACACACUUUCUUCAACUUUUUCGAGUUUCACCAUGGCAGAGGGAGAUUUCUACACAAUGAGCAACAGACAGAGGGCCCCGCGGGAUCCUUUCAGGGAACAGUCGCUCGCGUCGAGGUUUAUGGACGAUGACUUUGGACUGCCUGCGUUUCCCGACGAUUUAUCUAUGGACUGGCCUGGCUGGGCGCGACCUCGACUGAGCGCGCGCCUCGACACGCCGUGGACCGGCUCGUUGCGCACGGGCUUUCCGCGGACGAGCAUGGGCGCGCCGCAGGGUUUCAGUACCAGGUACAGCGAGACCCCUCGCAGAUCCAGCGCGUCCCCGAGCAACCCGGACGAGCCGUGGAAAGUGUGCGUGAACGUGCACAGCUUCACACCAGAGGAGCUUAACGUCAAAACAAAAGACGGUUUUGUAGAAGUGUCAGGAAAACACGAGGAAAAGCAGGACGAGGGCGGAAUCGUCACCAAAAACUUCACAAAGAAAAUCCAGAUACCAACUGACGUGGACCCUCUCACUGUGUUUGCCUCUCUAUCUCCGGAAGGGGUUCUCAUCAUUGAAGCCAGGCAGACCCCUCCGUACUACCUCUACAGCAACGAGACGCCCGCAGAACCCACAGAAGCACCCAAGGCAAGACCUCAGGAACCCAGCAUGGCUUAAAUCCCUCUCUCUGAAGCACACCACUGACAGGGAGCGGGCAGGGGCUCUCAUGGAAUUUGUUCCAAGUGCUGCAAAUGUCUAGUUUGAUCAGUUUCAUGCAUUUUCUUAAUCCAAAAGUCAUUAACUUGUUGUGAAAUUAGCUCCGUGGUCCAUAAAUUGAUGUUCCUCUACGUGGUACAUGAUUGGAUCAAAUACCUGUAGCCUUUAGUUACCAAAUGGAGGAGGAUAAACACAUGUGAUGGAGCUAUCAAUGAAAUGAGAGGAAGACGAAGACCAGGCCAGCUUUCUGUACUGAAAAGUGCUGUAAUUGAUGUUCAGAUUUAAUUACAAGUGCCUCUUAAUUAGACACGACCCCUUUUUAACCCCCCUUUAAGGCAUGUCCAGAAAGAUGGGGUUUCAUCGGACGCAUGCGCCUGGCCCGAAAUUAACUUCCGGUUUGUGUUUGUUCAUCAGUCUGGCUAAUGAUGUAACUAUUUAUAUUUGAAUCAAUUUAUAUUCAUAAUAAUAAUUCAUUGUAUAAUAAUUGUAUUUAAUAAACAAUUUGUUGAAUUUUAUUGUAUAUUCAUUUUAUUAAAUAAACAAUUUGUUGAA